AUUUACAAAGACUCUCUCUUUAAUCUCCAUUAGAAUAGAACCCCACGAACACUGAUUGGGUCCCCCAUCCCUUCUCAAUUUUAGCAUCUUCUUUCCAUGCUCGUCGGAGCACACAACCCACACAAACACACGCAUAAACAGGAAUCAAAACUUUCAUCAAGAUCAAUAACCAAUCAAGAUUUGUGUAAACUUUUGUGGGUUUGAUUGAUUGAUUAAUUAAUCGAUUGAUUUGGGUAUUUGAUUGGUGGGAUUGUAAUCUUGUAUCGAGAUUCUACACGUUUGUUUCACUUUUGUGGAGUUGUUCUUGUUUACUGAAGAAAGAAACAGAAUGGGGAAUGUGAAUGGAAGGGAAGAUGGAGGAGGAGGAGGUGAUAGCUCAUCAGGUGUGGACGGUUCUGAUGGUCCGUCUGAUGACAUGGUUGCGCAACAGUCUGAUGGAGAGUUAAUGGGUGGUGGCCAGUCUCCUCCUCCAAGCCCUAGGGCUGCUCACUCUCCUCUCAUGUUCACUCCUCAGGUUCCUGUUGUUCCACUUCAAAGACCAGAUGAGGCACACAUUCAAUCACAUCCAUGGUCUGGUUCAGAAUUUGAUGAUAUGGUUUCUGAUCAUGGAAUUCCGACAAUGAUUACAUGGAUAUAUGAUGGUCAUGAUGUUUCCGUUGAGGGAUCUUGGGAUAAUUGGAAAACAAGGAAGGUUUUGCAUAGAUCUGGUAAGGACUUCAGUGUAAUGAAAGUUCUUCCUUCAGGUGUUUACCAUUAUCGUUUCAUUGUCGAUGGACAAUGGAGGUAUUCAUCUGAUAAACCAUGGGCACAAGAUGAAAAUGGUCUUGCUUUCAAUAUCCUCGAUUUGCAGGAUUAUGUUCCUGAAGAUGUGGAAAGCAUUUCUGAAUUCGAACCACCUCAAUCCCCAGACUCGAGCUACUCCAAUUUGCAACUCGGGUCUGAGGAUUUCUCAAAGGAACCGCCUUCAGUUCCUCCUCACCUGCAAAUGACUUUGCUAAAUGUUCCGACAUCAACCCAUUUUGAGAUUCCUCCACCAUUCUCAAGACCCCAACAUGUGGUGCUUAACCAUCUUUACAUGCAAAAAGGGAAGAGUGGCUCUCCUGUUGUAGCCCUCGGUUCAACCAACCGGUUUCUAGCCAAGUAUGUGACCGUGGUCCUCUAUAAAUCAAUUCAGAGGUAAAAAAGAAACGGAUCAAUCAUUUAUGGAGAGACCCGUUAUUGAUUGUGAGGCUAUGUAUUCCGUAUUCGAUCCUUGAGUAAUAACAUUUGAAUUGAAAUACUUAAGAACUACUUGUUUUGUUCAAUUGACAGUGAUUUAUAUUUUAAACUAA